CGUUUCAUUCCCUACAUGGUCCUUGGGACGGAUGCAGUGAGGAAAAGGCCUGAGUGCUCCUGGUGAGUUGAUGCUCAGUUGUUUGCCUAGCCAAUCCGAUCCAUGGAUGCCUCUACGCCCGCCCCGGAGAGUCCCCCGAAGUAUCCUCGGGAAAUGCCCCGACUACCCCGAUAAGAUAGCGUCUCCAACGCGCCGGCGGGGUAAAAGCACGUCUUCCUUUGGCCGCACCGGGUUGAUCAAUGAAUCCAUCCCUUCGUUAUCUUGUUCCCAGCCCGAUUUAGUAGCCCUUAAAAUUCCGCUCUUUUCCCUUCGAUUCACCUCCGCCAGUUAUCCUUUGAACCUGCUGUACUUCACGCGGAGCUCUACCAGACUGCAACCACUACCCGAUAAGACGUCAAGAUGCCUCUAAACUCCAAAGCUGUUUAUUCUCGGCUCAACCCUGAUUUCGCCCCUUUUUCGAGUCGAAGGAGUACUGUCCAUAGCACCAAAGGCAUCGUGUCUUGCACCCAGCCAUUGGCGGCCGCCGCGGGUCAAAGAAUUCUGAGUGAGGGGGGUAAUGCUGCGGAUGCUGCUGUGGCCGUAGCUGCUGCAUUGAAUAUCACGGAACCCUCAUCCACAGGAAUCGGUGGUGACAUGUUCUGUCUAUUCUACGAUGCCAAAACUAAGAAAGUUCAUUCGUUGAACGGCUCUGGCCGCUAUCCUGCCAAUGCUACUCUUGACAAGAUCCGUCAGGAUCUGAAGAUCGGCCCUAACGAGUCUGGGAGCAUACCAAUGACCAGCGUCCUGGCCGUCACAACCCCUGGUGCAGCUGCAGGAUGGGUGGAUACAGUCGAGAAGUUUGGCAGCGGAAAGCUGUCUUUAGAACAGAUCCUACGUCCAGCCAUCGAGCUAGGUGAGGACGGCUUCCCCGUGUCAGAGCUCGCAUCUUUCUUUUGGCAUGAAAGCGAGCACUUGAUUCGUAAAGCAUCUCCAAAUUACCAUGAAAUGCUCAAGCCCGAUCCGAAUGCUCAAGAUGGUGUUAGGAGUCCUCGCCCCGGAGAGAUCUUGAGAAACCCCACGCUGGCCCACACAUUCCGAGCACUUGCCGCAGAAGGGAAGAAGGGAUUCUAUGAAGGACGGGUUGCGGAGGAAUUGGUCAAAGUCGUCCAAGAUCUGGGAGGCUACAUAACUCUGGAAGAUCUCAAGUACCAUGCGGAAACGGGAAGCCAGGAAACAGAGGCCAUCUCACUCAAGUUCACUGGCCAAGAUAUUGUGGAGAAGCAGGCCCCUGGCACAUCCGAUGAAAUUAACCAAGGCGUGGAGAUUUGGGAGCAUCCGCCAAAUGGACAAGGUAUCGUUGCGCUUAUGGCCUUGGGUAUUCUUGAGGAACUAGAGCGUACGGGAAAGAUCCCGAAGUUCACCGAGUCUCAGCACAAUUCCGCCGAGUAUCUACAUGCUGUCAUUGAAAGUCUCCGUAUUGCAUUUGCUGAUGCUUCCUGGUGGGUCACUGAUCCUGACGUGGAAAAUGUCCCUAGCAAGGACCUCAUAUCGCGCGAAUACCUGGCAGAGCGGGCUAAGCUGUUCAGCCCUCAAAAGGCCUCUGAUAUUCUUGACCAUGGUAGCCCUGCCCACAAUCAUUGCGACACUGUCUAUUUUGCAGUGACAGACAAGGAAGGAAAUGGCAUAUCAUUCAUCAACAGCAACUACGGUGGAUUUGGGACAAGCAUUAUACCCAAAGGAUGCGGGUUUACGCUCCAAAAUCGGGGAGCGAACUUCUCGCUGACCCCUGGGCAUCCGAAUGUUCUGGCCCCACACAAACGACCUUAUCAUACUAUAAUCCCGGCAAUGAUCACCAAUGUCUCAGAUGGUUCUCUGCAUUCGGUAUAUGGUGUCAUGGGUGGCUUCAUGCAGCCGCAGGGACAUGUUCAGGUCCUGCUCAACAUGCUUGCAUUCAAUUAUCAUCCCCAGGCUGCACUCGACGCUCCUCGCAUUUGCAUUGCGGCUGGCACUCCCGAGAUAGGGAAGACUAUUGAUCGAACAGUCUAUGUUGAAGAAGGAGUCAGUAAUGAAGCUGUCGAAGGCCUGAAGCAGUUGGGUCAUCAGGUCAAGGUUCUGACUGGAUGGAAAAGGGGCAUGUUCGGCCGAGGACAGAUUAUCCGUUGCCAUUACGAUGAUGGGAAGUUGAUAUACAGUGCUGGAAGUGACUUGAGAGGUGAUGGAAUGGCAAUCCCGGUCUUGUGAAGCAUAUACUAGACUAUCAAGAGAUACGCAUCCUAGGAGGGUAACCGAUAUAUUGAAUUAUCAUAUCUCAAGCCCAGGAAAAGCU